AUGGUUACCGGACAUAACAAUAAAGGGCACACAAGACAUAGAAUUAAUUAAAAGGAAACAAACAAAGUUCGCACUCCUUCAAUUUUAAACAUGCCUGACAAAACAAGGAUUAUGCAAAAUUUUGAAGAAAUUAAAAAUGAAAAUGGUCACGGCACUGAAUACUUCAAUCGAGUGAUCGGGUUCGUUGAAGAUAUAGUCGUUAGCGAAGAUUUUCAAAAUAUGCAGAGAAACUUUUUGGAAAAACAUUACCAGGAAUUCGAUGAUAAUGAAGAAAACAAAAUCAUUUACACCGACAUAUUUAAGGAGUACACGGCACUGAUGGAAAUCUACAUUAUACGCAAUUUAAAUCGUCAAAUGAACGGGUCAUUUCAGAUGGAAAAAUUUGCACAAGAAUUGCAAAAUAUGAAGCCUGGCCUGGACGGUGAAAUAUUUGAAUUACUAUUUUCGUUGACUGAUUUUCUUACAUUCAAGGACAUGAUCCUUGAUUUCAAAGCGUCGAAAAUCGGUCACUUCGACGAAUUAGCUAGUGGAAUUAUAGUAACGCGAAUGGAUCGAAAACAAGUGUACAAUGAAUGAGUGUUGAAGUAAAUCUGUAGCAAGUAGCAUUCAGCCACAAAUGAAUAAUUGGUUUCGCUUAUAAAGGAAUUUAAUAAAGGAGU